UUUCCUAUGGUUUCGUUAGGCCCAACCCUAUGUAAUGGCGUAUGGGAAAAUAAUGGAAAACCAAAUUCUCUUGAAGGAAAAAGGAAAAGCAAAACCCUAUUUUCUCACCUUCUAGCCCCAGGCCUUCGUGAUUUUUCAGACUUUUACCUUUCUUGCUGGUUCGUCACCCGCCUCCGCCGCUCGUUACUGGAUCUCGCCCCGACAAGUCGUCUCUAGGUAAAACAGUAAACCAUAUUCAUCGUUUCUCUUCCAUCAAUGAUCCACCGACCUUGGUGGCGAUCAUUUUGAAUGAAAUCGAAAUUCUGAUAUCCGACUGUUGGCUUCCGUCCGCUUCCAAUUUCCGCGCGGUUCGAUGAAUAUCCACACAUUCUAGAGGUCGGUUCGGUCCAGAUUUCUUUUUCGAACCGGACCGACUUUGCAGUGCUGCUCCUUGGCCUCGAGGGUUCUAGCUUCCAAAACUCAAAACCCAGGAUGAUACCAUCAUGUUUUCACUCUUCUGCUUUAGCAAGUUUUCUCUAAGGUCGAUCAUUGAUCCAUAUCUCCGACCAUCUCUGCUUUCCUUGGCUAACUUUUCGACAAGAACUCUGUAGGAAGCUAUCGGGGAACCGGCAAGCACCACUCAUGGCUUAUUCUCGUGGACAUGACUUCUUGUUUUGCAAUUUGUGCGGAACCAUGUUGUCGUUCUGCUCAACGAAAUAUGUUGAGUGUCCUUCGUGCAAGUCUAGGCGAAGUGCAAAAGAGAUCGUCGGUAGAGAAAUAAGUUACACAGUAACUGCUGAGGAAAUUAGAAAGCAGUUGGGAAUUUCAUUAAUUGAUGAAGAGAAAAUGCAGUUAGCAAAGGAAAGGAGAAGAUGUGAAAAAUGUGGAAAUGAUGAAGCUUGGUUUGAGAGCAGACAGAUGAGAUCGGCUGAUGAAGGCCAGACCACAUUUUAUACCUGCACUAAAUGUCAUCAUCAGACUAGAGAGAAUUGAUCUUCCAUAUAACUUUUUUUAGGAUGUCACAUUUAUUCAUCCUUGAAUUAGUUGGGUGGUUCCAUUGGAAUCCAAAAGCUUUAACAUGAUGAGUUAUGUUCUUAAACAAUUGAACUUGAUCUGUAUGGAAUGAUUAAUCUGAGAAUAUGACAGAAGUGGCAAAAUUUGUUGAUUGAUUUGAUUUGGUAGUAAUAUCUAAGAAUAUGACGAGAUUCACUCCA